AUUACUUGUUGCAGGGUCCCAAACAUAUCGGCAUUUGUUUCAUGUUAACUAUGUCAUCAGAAACCACGGCACCAAUGAUCAUAAAUGAAAAGUCAUCGUUGCCAGUAAAAUCAGAACCGGGGCAGCUUGGGAAUCCAAUCAGCGAUGAAUCUUCAGAAGAUGAGCAGAGCCAAAUAAGGGCUCUAGAGGAAGAUCAGGGUAUCUACUACAACGAAGAAGUGGUUGCUUCGCCGAAAAACGAAAGCGACGACGAUAUUCCCUUACGCCGCAUUCAACUGAGUCAUCAGACAUCUACUCAACAACAUCCAGAAGAUUCGGAACCGCAAGAAGUGAUUGACGUCAACGAUAUUGAACUACCAGCAGGAGAAGCUCAACCAAACAUGGAACGAAGAAGAUCAGUUCGAUUUAGUGGGCGUCAUGAUGAAGAAGAAGACGGGCGUAACAAGCAUUUUCGAACUCCAUCACCCGAAAGUCUUCGUUAUAUUCAGGCAUUGGAAAAUCCAAUGGCGGCAAACGGAGAGUUCGAAGAAGAGUUCAAUGAUUUGGCUGAUCCACAAGUGCAGCCACCACCAAUGGGAUCUCCACCCGCCUACACUAGCGCCGAUGAAGGUCCCAAGACGCCGCCACCUAGGGCUUCAGCUGGAUCGAAUAUGAGGCAAGAAUCUAUGAACGAAUUGAUAAUGAGAAAAAUAUCUGACCCCCUUCAAAAUUUGAUUCGCAGAGCAAGCCGCCUGGAGGACGACAGCAGCAACGACGAUGAUGAUGAUGACGACGAUGAGGAUGACGACUACACCGAAGACGAAAUUGCGAUUCUGACUUAUAUCGACGCGUAUAAAACACAAGAAGUAGAGUUGCGCCCGCAAUUACGCCCAUUCACUAUCGAAUACAUCCCAGCAAUGGGCGAUGUCGACCUAUUCAUCAAAGUGCCAAGGCCAGACGAGAUUGACGAUAAUGUGGGGCUCACGCAGAUUGACGAGCCACCCAGCAACCAGAGCGACGCCACAAUUGUCGAUAUGCAGAUUCGAAAUGCUACUAAAGAUGCGGCAAUUCUCGAUGACGAUGUUCCAGUGAAGCUUUUAGAAAGAGCUGAUGAGAAUCCAGAUGAAAUAAAGAAAUGGAUUUCUGAUAUUAAAGAAUUUCAUAAAAGCAAGCCUGCCCAAACAGUUCACUACAGAACUCAACUGCCAGAUGUAGAAACAUUGAUGCAAGAAUGGCCACAAAAACUUGAAGAAGUUUUGAAAACGACAAAGAUACCAUCGGCCGAACUGGAUGUUUCAUUGGAAAAGUAUGUGGAAAUUUGUCUUAAUAUCGUCGACAUUCCUGUGGGGAAAAGUCGCAUUGAAGCUCUCCAUUUGAUGUUUUCGCUGCUCAAUGAAUUUAAUAACUCACAGCAUUUUCGCAAUCUCGCACAAAACAACAAUCUCGGAGGAGAAACCGGAGAAACAAUGGACAGAUUGGAACUUUAACAUCAAAAUUUAUUGACAUUUCCAUAACUUUUUGAUAAGCAGACGUUUCUGACAUUCUCUUAAUCACACAUUUUAUAACUUUUCCCUCUGCAGACACACUUUCUGAACAACCUAUUUGUGUCAUAUAAAUAAUUUCUUAAAUUAUUGGCAAAAUGCUUUCUCCUUUUGAACUUCAUUAAUUGAUUCACCUUCUAUUUUACUUUAAUUUAUUUGACCGAAUAAACAUUUUUAUUUCUUUUUU